AUGAAGAUGCUGGCGAGAAGUUAUGUCUGGUGGCCAGGCAUGGAAAAGUCGAUUGAGGACGUAGUGGCUUCUUGUUCUGCUUGUCAGUUAACUAGGAAUUCGGUACCUAAAGUACCGUUGCAGCAAUGGCCUACAACAUCAACUCGAUGGCAGAGGAUACACAUUGACUUUGCGGAGGAUCCAGAGUCGAGACAGCAACUUUUAGUUUUGAUUGACACAUACUCUAAAUGGUUAGAGGUAUUUAUCAUGAGUUCCAUGAAUUCUUCCAAGGUUAUCGAGAAACUCCGUACCUUGUUUUCAUCGUAUGGAUUGCCGGUCGAACUGGUGUCGGACAACGGAAGAUCUUUUACUAGUCAAGAGUUCAAAACCUUUUUGCAAAACAACAAUGUGAAGUUCACAUUAACUCCCCCAUAUCAUGCUGCUUCAAAUGGAUCUGCAGAGAGAAGUGUUCAGGAGGUCAAGAAAAACCUUUUGCGUCAAGUGAUUGAGGAACAUCAGCGUUCUCAGCGUACCACUCUUCAAAUGAAAUUAGAAAAUUUCUUGUUUGCGUACCGCAACACUCCAAAUACAGUUACUGGCUUAACCCCUGCAGAAAUGUUCCUGUCUUGGAAGCCUCGCACACAGUUGGUUAUGUUAAAACCCAAUCUCCAGUCAUCCAUUGAUCAAAAACACAGGGAACAAAAAGAUGCAGCUGAUAGGCUUAGGGGAAGAAGUAGAUUUUUCUCAGAAGACCACUUGAGAGCUCGGUAUGCAGAAGAGGAGGAGAUUUUUGUAUCACCCAAGGAUCCCGUUGUAUCACCCCAAGUACCCAAGAAUUCACCCCCGCCGGAGGAUCGACCAACUAGUCCCAUGAUGAUGUCACCUGUACCUAGGCCUACUACCAGUCCCAGGGAGAGCCUAGGGCAAGCCCAGCCUCAGCCAACUCCUGCGUCGCCGCUAGCACAGUGCAGCCCACCACCCUCGCUGAGGAAGUCUGGACGGACUGUGCGAAAGCCUCACAGGCUGGACUUGUAA